AUAGAUCGGCGAGAAAUCGUCAGGCGGAUAUUUCGCAGUUCGCUAAAAGCAUAUUGUCAGAAUCGCAUUUGCAAUCGGUGCCGGAUACUUUAUCAAAAUGAUUAAGUUGAUUACUAUUCUUCUGCUCGUCGUCGCGCUUUUCGCUUCCUCGUCGAUGGCUCAGAAUGGCGGCAAUAACGGUGGAAACGGUGGCGGAGGUUUGGGAAAUGGAGGUGGCCAAGGAGGAGGAGGAGGAGGUCAACCAGGAGGUGGAAUCGGUGGACUUGGAGGUCAAGGAAAUGGAGACGGCGGAAUCCUGGGAAGCAGCGGAUUUUCAGGACUGUCGGGGCUACUGGGAGGAUUCGGCAGGAGAUAAACGUGCGAUUACGAUCAUGAUCCUGGCUCUUCUCAAACGAAAAUGGCGAUUCGUAAAUGAUAUGGAUAACGCAUGAAUCUGGACACGUCUUAAGAUUAGUUACUACCUAUUUUUCUGCAGUAAUAUAUAGUAUAUAAUAUAUAAUAAUAAUGCACACUGUCUUGUAAAGUCGAAAAUCUCGCAAUGUUUGAAAUAAAAAUAAAAAGAGGAAUAUUAUAAAUAACAACGGACUACAAGUAUCUGUACCAUAUUCGAUACUUUUUAUAAAUCUCAAUACGAAAUA